AUGGCGAUAUCGGAGUCCGUCGGCAGGAAGAUCGCUCUGAGCUACUUCUACGUGCUCGUUUGGAUCGUUUUAAGCUUCUCCGUUAUUGUGUUCAACAAGUACAUUCUCGACAGAAAGCUGUACAACUGGCCUUACCCUAUCAGUCUCACCAUGAUCCACAUGGCCUUCUGCUCGCUCCUCGCCUUCCUUCUGGUCAAGGUCUUCCGAGUGGUCGAACCCAUCACCCUCUCCACAGAGAUGUACCUCACAUCAGUGCUCCCCAUCGGCGCGCUCUACUCGCUCAGCCUCUGGUUCUCGAAUUCAGCUUACAUCUACCUCUCUGUCUCCUUCAUCCAGAUGCUCAAGGCCCUCAUGCCAGUGGCCGUCUACCUACUAGGGGUGCUCUUCACUCGAGAGGUCUUCCAAACCUCUGCCUUCGCCAACAUGGUAGCAAUCACAGUGGGGGUGGCCGUGGCAGCUUAUGGGGAGGCGAAUUUCAACGCCACCGGGGUGCUGCUGCAGCUUGCAGCUGUGUGCUUUGAAGCCCUGCGCCUCGUUCUCAUACAGAUCCUCCUGACAGCCAAGGGCGUCUCCCUCAACCCCAUCACAUCCCUCUACUACAUCUCCCCCGUCUGCCUCCUCUUCCUCUCCCUGCCCUGGAUUCUCGUCGAGUACCCCCGCCUCGCUCCCUCCCUCACCAUCCCCGCUCAACCUGCACUCGUGCUUUUCCUCGCCAACUGCGCGUGUGCCUUCUCGCUCAACCUCGCCGUGUUUCUGCUCAUUGGGAAAACGUCAGCUCUCACAAUGAACGUAGCAGGUAUGCAUUAUGUGCAAGCCUUCAAGCUACAUGCAAGGUACGUAUCGCUCUCCCUCGCUCACCAUCCCUGCUCAUCCUGCACUCUUCCUUUUCCUCGCCAACUUCACCUCUGCUUUCUCUCUCGCCCUCCCCUCUAA